AUGGCCGGGGAUCGGAAACGCGGGGUUGCAGACGCUCAAGGAGAACCUUCUUGCGUACAGUACCAUACGUACACACCACAUCCCGCACUUACGCGCUCAUCGAGUAGUCAACGCCGGAACGAGUCGCGAUCGCACUUGCAGUGUGGAGGCGAUUCAUUCAAAACAUACACGUAUGAUUUGAAUAACGAUGACGAAGAUGAACUCGUGAGUAUACACGCCUGUUUUUGGGCUGUUGAAGGUGCCGUACAGCACGAAGCCUCAUUCGAAAUUUUCACGGGAAAAUUGCCUUGUACCGCCGACGCAAUCUCGCAAACUGAGACACGGGAACACUCCGAGAUCAUCGAACCAACAGACGAGCCUUCCAACAUGAAGCUGGAUAAAAGCGAAAGGCUACCUAACGAAACACCGACACAGGAGGCCCAGGUCACUCGUGACCUCGUUAUAGGUAAUUGCAUCUAUGACAGAAACCUUCACAAAUUGCUUGUACACCCCUGUCCAUGUGGAUCACUUCCGGCAAAUAUCCCUUCCCCUACAACACCUGCUGAGACACGAGCUACAAGGCGUGGUCGGCGAGGUGCAAAGGGACGGAGACGAUCAACUCCAGCAAUUACACGUAUCUUUGUUAUCCGUUCUUCAGUAGAACGCCACAUCGAAGCUGAUUCUGAAGCCCCUACUCGCACAGACCUAGACACGGAUAAGCCGGGGAUCAGGGUUGGGGAUACCACACCCGAUGGCUUCUGCUAG